AAAACGGGGCAGGAGUGACCCAAAUCCCACCGUGUCAUCAGCCAGGCUGGGGAGGGCAGAGUGAGAUUCUCAACAGGCUGCUGGAAUUUCUAGACUGCCAGGAAGUCCCGGGAAGUCUGUGGAAAUUAGAGUUCCUUAAUUCCAGCCAUUGGGAGAAAGGGACAGACCUUUUUUCAUCCUCCCAAGAGUGCGUUACCUUUCUCCUCCAGCAUGGUGAGCGGCGGGGCUUGUGUGCAUCAGGGCUGUGCUUGGGAGAGUCGGGUCAGCCACAGUCAGGCUGCCUGAGCUCCAGCCUGCGGCCAGUCCCACCGCUCCAUGCAACAGCAGCAGCUGCUAGAGCUGCCGCCAACAUGAGCUGCAGAGAAGGGGCUGACAGCAGCUGUGGCUGCGGUGGAAGCGACGAGAACAGAAUCCUGAAGUGCGUGGUGGUCGGCGAUGGCGCGGUGGGGAAGACCUGCCUGCUGAUGAGCUACGCCAACGACGCCUUCCCAGAGGAAUACGUGCCCACUGUGUUUGACCACUAUGCAGUUAACGUGACAGUGGGAGGCAAGCAGCACUUGCUUGGACUGUACGACACCGCCGGACAGGAGGACUAUAACCAGCUGCGGCCUCUCUCCUACCCCAACACCGACGUGUUUCUCAUCUGCUUCUCUGUGGUGAACCCUGCCUCGUAUCACAAUGUUCAGGAGGAGUGGGUUCCGGAGCUGAAAGGUUGCAUGCCUCACGUGCCUUACGUCCUCAUCGGGACCCAGAUCGAUCUCCGAGAUGACCCCAAAACCUUGGCGCGUCUGCUGUACAUGAAGGAGAAGCCUCUCACCUACGAGCACGGCGUGAAGCUGGCGAAAGCGAUCGGAGCACAGUGCUACCUGGAAUGUUCCGCACUGACUCAGAAGGGUCUCAAGGCGGUUUUUGAUGAAGCCAUCCUCACUAUUUUCCACCCCAAGAAAAAAAAGAAAGGCUGCUUAUGGUGCCACCGCUGCUGUGCAAUUAUCUGAAGUUGCCUGAGACCCAUCCCUCCCGUCAUGCAAGGGUAGGAAAGGCAGCCAGCCUCUGUGACCCAGCUCUACACAAAACGGAGGGCUUGACCAGAAAAGAAUUCCUGCUUCCCAAGGCCCGUCCCUCUGCCCUGCCAGCUUCCCAGCUCAGCAUCCUGUCAGCCACUGCCACAUGCCCAGGCCGACCAGACCAUCCACACUGCGUGUGGAGAAUGCUGAGCCACAUGCAGACAGUACGCCACUGAGGUGCCG